UGCAUGAGGUUUGGUGCUGCCUGCAGAGUGGCUGAACAUUUGGCAAUAAACACCAAGGGCCACAAACCAUGUCAGGCUCCUAUGAUGAGUCUGCGGCACCUGCUGAAGAAAUAACUGACAGCUUCUGGGAGGUUGGGAACUACAAGCGGACAGUGAAACGGAUUGAUGAUGGCUAUCGGCUGUGCAAUGACCUGAUGAACUGUGUCCAUGAGCGGGCCAAGAUUGAGAAAGCAUAUGCCCAGCAGCUGGUAGAUUGGUCUAAGCGGUGGAGACAGCUAAUAGAGAAAGGCCCACAAUAUGGCAGUUUGGAGAAAGCCUGGACGGGCAUAAUGACAGAAGCGGACAAGGUGAGCGAGAUGCAUCAAGAAAUAAAGAAUAACUUGCUGAAUGAGGACUUCGAAAAGGUGAAGAACUGGCAGAAGGAUGCUUUCCACAAGCAAAUCAUGGGAGGUUUCAAGGAGGCCAAGGAAGCAGAAGAUGGUUUUCGGAAAGCACAGAAACCCUGGGCCAAGAAGAUGAAGGAGCUGGAAGCAGCCAAGAAAGCUUAUCACUUGGCGUGCAAAGAGGAGAAGCUUGCCCUGACCAGGGAAGCUAACAGCAAGGCUGAGCAGUCCAUCACACCAGACCAGCAGAAGAAACUGCAAGACAAGGUGGAAAAGUGCAAACAAGAUGUGCAAAAGACCCAGGAGAAGUAUGAGAAGGUGGUGGAAGAGCUGAGUAAGUGCACCCCACAGUACAUGGAGAGUAUGGAGCAGGUCUUUGAGCAGUGCCAGCAAUUUGAAGAGAAGAGACUCAACUUUCUGAAGGAGGUGCUGUUAGAUAUCAAACGGCACCUGAACUUGGCAGAGAACAGCAGCUAUGCUAAAAUCUACCGUGACCUUGAGCAGACCAUCCGCAUAGCUGAUGCACAGGAGGACCUUCGGUGGUUCCGCAACACUAGCGGCCCUGGGAUGCCCAUGAACUGGCCUCAGUUAGAGGAGUGGAACCCCGAUGCAACACAAGUGGUAGCAAAGAAAGAGAAACCUAAAAAGAACGAAGCAGGCAAUGCAUCAAGUGCGGGUUCUGGUGGAGAGGCAGCAGCCCAGUCUGGGGACCGUGGCAGUGUGAGCAGCUAUGACCGUAACCAAGCCUACGCUGCAGAGUGGUCAGAUGAUGAAGGCGCCAACACCUACAACUCCAGCGAAGCCAAUGGUGGUGCCAACUCCUUUGAGGAAGAAUCAACUGUGAAAGGCAUGCGUGUACGAGCUCUGUAUGAUUAUGAUGGACAGGAACAGGAUGAACUGAGUUUCAAAGCAGGUGAUGAAUUAACCAAAUUAGGUGAAGAAGAUGAGCAAGGGUGGUGCAAAGGUCGCUUGGACAACGGGCAACUUGGUCUUUAUCCAGCUAAUUACGUGGAAGCUAUUUAGUUCUGUCAUGUUCUCAUCACUGCUGUCAGAAAAACAAAUCAACCCUCUGUCAUCUCCCAUCUCUCUAUGCCAGCCAAGUAGCCAUUUUGCUGUCUGGUCACUCAGCCCAGUUAGAGAUCCAAACAUAUUUUCCAAACAAUCUUUUUUUUUUUUUUUAAAUAGCCAUCCUGGAAGACUAUUUUAUGGCCACUUUUUUCUUUUGUCUUGUUUUUGAGGUAAUGAUGACAAAUGAAGGGUCAAUACUGUCUAUUGAGGUUUAUUUUGCAGGUGAAAGCCAGUACCUCAUGCCUUUAAAGCCUAACCAACCUUCUGAUUGGUUGGUUUUUAAGGAUAUUGUAUUGAUAAACCACCUUCCAAUUGGGCUGAACUAUCUGAAACUUCUGACAUGUAAGUUAUUUGGGCCAAUCCAAUUCAUCCUUUCAGAGUAGAUCAAAGCAAGUGAAAGUAAGGAGGAAGUGAAAUAUUAUCUUGGGGGGUUAUCCCCUCUUUGUAUUUUGUUAUAGAUUUAUUUUGAAAAGCAAAAGGCAGAUAUCCUUUGCCUUGACUACAAAGCCCCAGUCAGUAUUCUUGUGCUGCAAUAGUUUGCCCUCCAGAUUAUUGCCCAGAUUAUCAUUGCAUUAAUUUAAGUUUUGUAUGUGUAUGCAAUGGAUUACAGGGUUAGCUCCACAGAGUCCUGAGAUCCCAUUUCCCCCAUGAAUGUGAAGCAUGAUGUGGCUUCCUCUUUUACUGGUAUGAGAUAUACUGAGGUAUUGAGCUCGGGUGGACACCUUAUGCACGUUAACAAAAUGUAACCUACUGGCUUCUUUCUCCCAGCUUCUCUUGAGGGUUGCAUUACAUUGAACUUGAUCAGGUGGCAUACACAAACAUAGCACAGAUUUCUCUGCUGAUCCCAGUCAAACAGCUGUCAAGCAGGAUAGAGAUGAAAUGCAAAUUUAUUAAAGCUACACACUCUGACCAACUGAUCACCAAACGUUGACAAGGAAAAAUGUUUAUUGGUCUGAAAAGCAUUGCUUCAAACCAUUUGAAAUUUCUCUAGUGCUUUCUUCUUGAUAUAAGACUGCCUACUAAGUUGCUACGCAUGGCUGAGAUGCUACUGGGAGCAUAUCUUUGAAUGGAAUCCGAGCCUUUAGCCAAGAAGAACACUUCACAGACCACCCAGAUGUUGGGUUCCAAUAUCACCCAAUGAGCUGAAGAAGUAGACUUAAGAGAACCAGAAUGAAUAGGGCCCAAGAAUUCAUCUCUGUGUCAGCUGGAGCAAGAGGAUCAUCAGCAUACAUACAUGAUCAAAGAAGCAUGCAGUUGCUAGCGCUGUCACAGUGCAGCAUAUGAGGAGGAAGUCAUCCAUUGGAUGACUUGGGAAGUGGCAGAUGCCAGCUAGUUUGGAAAAAAAUAAACCAAUUAGAUUGCUGUGCAUGUGUUCUGCAAACAUAUAUUUACAACAGAAUUUGUACAUGGAUUUUGAACAUUAAUCCAGAGAUAAGGAUGUUACCCAGCAAUAGAACAAGAGUGGUAAUGCAUAGAGACCGCUGAUUGACAUGAGCUUAAAGUGAGAUGCAGUGUCCCUUCUACAGGCUGAAUGCUCAAAAUGACAAGAGAAAUUUUCAUAAUAGUAUCCUGAAUAAAGACAUUUAUUUUGAA